AUGGCGGAGGUUGUGUUUUUUGUCUGAGCGAAUUCCGGUAAUGUUUUUUCGAAUAUGUUCGGAGUCGGACGCGUGGUCAUAAUUUAAUUUUGUUUAAUGAUUAAUUUAUUUGAACUAUUGUGUUAAGUUUUUAAUUUUAAAAGGACUUAUUAUUUAAAAUGGGGAAAAAAUACAUCGCGCUAUUAAUGGACUUAUUGAAUUAGAGUGACAAGACGAUAGGUCGCGUACCGGCAUCGGGGCCGUGAGGGUGGCGGCUCUCCGACUUCAGGAUGGGGGCCCAGCAGGCGAAGGAGCGUGGAACAGCAAGCGGGGCUUCUAUUCGUUCGACCCGAAACAAGCCGCGGGUGCCGAAAGACCCCCGCAUGCUUGGUUCGAAUAUAUUCACAGAACACAGUGAAGCACUCCUGCAGAGUCGUCCCCUGCCGCACAUCCCGGACCUACCAGAUGGAGAGGCCACCGCGCCGGCUGUGCCGCUACCCCUCGAUUCCGCCAACAGAUGGACUUCCAAGGAGAACCUUUUGGCGCACCAUGAAGAAGACGACCCUCAGUUGUUUGUUGCUUUGUACGAUUUUCAGGCGGGCGGGGAAAAUCAACUGAGCCUUAAAAAAGGGGAGCAAGUGCGCAUAAUGAGCUACAACAAGAGCGGCGAGUGGUGUGAAGCCCACACGCUCGCCGGUGGCGUCGGCUGGGUGCCCAGCAAUUAUGUGACGCCGGUCAACUCGCUCGAGAAGCACUCGUGGUACCACGGGCCUAUAUCGCGCAACGCGGCCGAGUACCUGCUGUCCAGCGGCAUCAAUGGCAGCUUCCUGGUGAGAGAGUCGGAGUCCAGUCCCGGCCAGCGGAGCAUUUCCCUCAGAUACGAGGGUCGAGUGUACCACUACAGGAUCAAUGAAGACUCAGAUGGGAAGGUGUACGUAACAUCAGAAUCCAAAUUCGGCACGCUAGCCGAACUGGUGCACCACCACUCAGUACUGGGAGAUGGGCUUAUAACCCAGCUCCUCUACCCGGCACCAAAAAGGAACAAACCCACGGUGUUCCCACUGGCUCCCCCGGACGAGUGGGAGAUUGACCGGACUGACAUUGUGAUGAAACACAAGCUUGGAGGAGGACAAUAUGGCGACGUGUACGAGGCCGCCUGGAUGAGGUGCAAUAUGACUGUUGCCGUAAAAACACUCAAGGACGACACCAUGGCCCUAAAAGACUUCCUCGAGGAGGCGGCCAUCAUGAAAGAGAUGCGGCACCCGAACCUCGUGCAAUUACUCGGCGUCUGCACCAGGGAGCCGCCAUUUUACAUCAUCACCGAGUUCAUGAGCCGCGGGAACCUUCUAGACUAUCUCCGCACUGGAAACAGAGACCACAUUGAUGCCGUGGUCCUCAUGUACAUGGCCACACAGAUCGCCUCUGGCAUGAGCUACUUGGAAAGCCGCUCUUUUAUACACAGGGACCUAGCGGCUCGCAACUGCCUCGUCGGCGAGAACCACCUGGUCAAAGUAGCCGACUUUGGCCUCGCGCGUCUGAUGCGAGAUGAUACAUACACCGCGCACGCUGGCGCCAAGUUCCCGAUCAAGUGGACGGCCCCUGAGGGCCUUGCUUACAAUACCUUCAGCACCAAAAGCGAUGUCUGGGCUUUUGGUAUACUGCUCUGGGAGAUUGCGACUUAUGGCAUGUCGCCGUACCCAGGCGUGGAUCUGGCAGAUGUCUAUCACAUGCUUGAGAAGGGCUACCGCAUGGAGUGCCCGCCCGGCUGCCCGGCGGCCGUGUACGAGCUGAUGCGCGGCUGCUGGCAGUGGAACGCGUCAGACCGCCCCACAUUCCGCGAGAUACACCAUGCUUUGGAGCACAUGUUUCAAGAUAACUCCAUCACUGAAGAAGUCGAGAAGCAGCUACAAGAGGGCUGCACGGGCACACCGCAGAUGUCGCUCAAGAAGGCGGCCAGCAUUGGCGGCGCCACCGAGCGUGGUGUGCAGAUGCGCCGCCCGACCAACCGGCGCGGCAAGCAGGCGCCCACGCCGCCCAAGCGCACCAGUUUACUAUCAUCGUGCAGUUCAUUCCGCGAGUCGCAGUACGCCACGGAGGAGCAGGCCGGUCACGACGACGGGCUCGCUUCGCUCAAUGGUGGGGGUCGUGUGGGGGGUCGCGAGGCGUCGUCCGAGGGGUCACUAGCUGAAGCAACCCCAGAUACAGAUGAGUCAGCAGGCGCGGUUGCCAUGAGUCUGGGUGCCUCUGAGCACCGGCACCGCCCCAAGCGGCGACACCACCAGCACGCGCCCCACCAGCACCAGCAGCCGCAUGAUGUGCCCAAGGGUGUGCAAGUCGCGGCGCUAGAAGUGCAGAACGUGAAGCGCGCCAUCAACCGCUACGGCACACUGCCCAAGGGCGCCCGCAUCGGCGCCUACCUGGAGUCCCUGCGGCAGAGCGGCGCCGGCCCCGCGCCCCCCGCGCCCCGCGACGAGGAGGCCCGCUCCCUCUCCCCCCGCACGCAGUCCCACAUGAUACGCUCCAACUCCUCCGGCGGGGUCACCGCCCCGGCCUCCCCCCGCGCCACCCGCGCGCCUCCACCCCUCCGCUCCUUCAACAGCCCCGCCAAACCUCGGCCUCGCCUCGCCGAACUCGAGUUCCCCCCGCCCCCUCCCGAUCUACCACCUCCCCCGGAAGAACUCCAACCUCCGCCACCUCCCCCGCCCCCUGACUGCUGCCGCGACGCCGGCACCGAUAUGGCCGAUCCCCCGGAACUAGAGAAACCGGCCAAACAGAUCAUGAAGGAAAUGCUCGAGUUGAAACUCGUUGCCGAAAUCAAAGAAAGAGCCGAUAAAAAGAACAAGAAACUGAAAGAGUCGCCCCCACAUGAAAUUCUCGAGAUGCACACGUCAUUCGGCGAUCCGGUGACGCGUCUCGUUUCCGAGCUGUCGGAAAGCCUGAAUAUGGAAGCCCUGCGGAAAGCUGAUAAACGCACAGAAGCAAAACCCAACGAAACCAAGGAGACGGUUUCGCCCAUUGAUCUCAAAGCGAGUCUCAGGAAGACUUCGUUCAACAACAACAUUGAUAAGAAAGUGGGACACGACAUGAAAACGAACACUGACUUCAAGUCGCAGCUGAAGAAAGUUGAGACUAACAAGAUGAACAAUAAAGAAUCAGACGAGACCGGUCGAUCGAUAAUCGACUUUAAAUCUCGAUUGCGAAAAGUAGACAGUGGCACACCGGCCACGAACGGACAAAUGAAAAAGGUGGAGCACAGCUCCCCAGAAGAUUCUCGAAAGGAUGUGUCGUGCAAGAGCGACGAUUCUGACAAAAAGCGAUCCGAGAGCGGUUCGCUGGAUACCAGUGGUGGAGAUGAAGAUGACAAACGUCGCAGCACCGGCAGCAUCAGCAGUUUGAAGAAGCUCUGGGAGAGCAAGGAGAGCGAUGAGCGCUUGAGUCCCAAGUUGAAGCUAAAGGGCGAUGAAAGUGAGGAUGGAUCGCCCGACGACAGGUUGGGCCGCACUGGUAGCAUCCAAGCGCGCUGUGAUGAGAAGCCGCUGGUUGCCAGCAAGCCGUCGAUGCGCGGCCGCCCUUUGAGGAAAAGUGGUAUCUAUGCCACUCCACUGGCCUCCGCUAAUGCUGAGAGCGAGGAAAAUGACGCGCUCGCUGCACUGCGAGUUUCUUUGGAAUGCUGCACAAAUGAGGUACGUCGCGGUUGCGGUGGCAGCGGCGGUCGCGGUUCACUCUGGCGCCUACAAACAUCCGAGCGACUUGCUCGCCUCAGCGCCGCUUGUACUGCAGCAGCUGGAGCGGGACGUUGCGCGCCGCAGAUGCGUGUGCAGUUGCGCGCAGCCGCCACCAGACUGGAGGGGGAGGCGAGGGCGCUGGCGUCGCCCGCCCCCCACCACCAUCAUCUAGCUGAUGGGGUCGAGCAGGCGCUGAGAGACCUGGCCAGCAUUGUGCACAGGUAAACAUUUUCACCGAAAACGGCAAAACAAGGAUACAUCACAUCGCGACAAAACACGCGUCCCAACAAAGAUAUUGUAAAAAAAAUAUUACACAUCUAUAAUAAAAGGAGGUACUAUAAUCACUUAAAUUGGUAUAUUUGAAAUGACUUUGACACACACACGAUCUAUGAUGAGUAUAUAAAAAUGUCUUAUUAUUGAUACCUAUGUAAAGGCAUAAGAUUUUAAAAUGUAUCUAAUAAUAAUUAUAUACAUAUAAGUAUCCCCAGGGGUUCUAAAAUUAUAAUUGUGUAUGAAUUUCAAUGUUUACAUUAUAAUAUGUGUCUAAAUGUAUUUAAUGUAAUUUUUGGUGUCAUGUUUAUGUAUAUUAAUAUUAUGGUAUCUUCAAUGUUUUUAUAGACGUUAACAGUUCACGCAAGCGUCGAAUUUUAGGCUGGGUGCAGAGCUUGACCGACCAUCAGUGCGUACGUCAGUCACGCUUGUCAUAUGUAUGGAAAUUCAUAAAACCGUUCAUAGCUAGACCGACCAUACGCAC